AUGACGUUGCUGCUGAAACGUAAGGAUCAAGCUUGUGAACCUUGUCGAAAGGCAAAAACACGCUGUGAUCAUACAACUCCCAUUUGCUUGAGGUGUCAACGAAAAGGUGCCGCUGCAAAUUGUAUAUAUGUGCCCUCGCAUCCUCCUAGUCAUGGUCCUUCCUCUGAACACUCGAUAUCCAAUCCUUCUCUUCCCGUCGGAGAUAUCACGAACGACUCUAUAGUGUCGCCGCAAACUUCUGGCUCUAUAGAUUCACGGAUAGAUCAUGCUGCAGCAUCAAGAAAAGUCUUUGGGUUCUAUGGUCCCACGAGUUUUUCUGCACCCUUUCUUGAUAACGAAAAUGGUCUCGUGUCGGAUGUCGAUGAUGAGGGAGAAAAUGCAUUUGCUUCAGGUUCGAUAACGACGCCCCCCACGUUAUCUAUAGUCACGAAUGGUCAACAAACUGCAGAAAUAUCUUUGGGAAUGAGAAUUUUGAGUCAACUUCCUGACCAAGUUACCUGUGAGUCACUUAUGGAAAAUUAUAAUUUAAAAUCAAUAGAGUACGCUUUCCACAAGCCUACUAUCCUACACUGUAUGAAAUCCCUAUGGUCCACAUUCGGUCAAAGUCUACGACAUCCAAGGAGGCCAGAAAGACUCAAAGAGGUAGUAUACUUGUUAAGCAAAAAUACCAGUAUAGAAUUCCCUGAGGCUAAUGAUGGAGAUGCCUGGUUAUCUUCAAUGUCAGGUAUGAACUUUAGGUGGGAAAUUCUGGGUAUACUAUUCUGCGUACUGGGACAUCGGGCUGCUGGUAUGCGAGACAAGGAACAAGAAUCUUUUUUUGAAACACAGUCAGGUAGAAGAAAGGAGAGGCUUGUUUUUACUGAAGAAAUGUAUGAGUGUGCCGAGGGCUGUGUAGAAAUAUGUAGUAAGAUGGACAUAGGUAACAUUCUUAUGCUGAGUUUAUUGUGGAAAACAAACACACUUCAGAGUGAGAUCAUAGGAGAUAUGUGUAAGACUUAUUUAUUUCUGGUCAACGAUGAUGAAUGUGUUGCUGAUAAUGAUGCUACAGCCUUCAAAUUAUGGAGACGACAGGGCGACAAAGUUCAUCUUGCUACAGCUCUAGGCCUUCACCAUUGUGCCAUUCGCCCCGAUGCUGGAGUUACGACUUCGCUAGAGAUCAAGAGGCGUAUAUUCUCUGCUAUAUUUGUCAACGAUAAAACGUUAUCGAUUUUCACUGGUAGGCCUCCUGGCUUGAGCCGUCGCUAUAAUUCAUGUCCAUUACCUCUUGAUCUCGAAGAUGAGCUUCUUCUGGCUGGAAAAGAGACUCUUCAAGAAGCAGCGAGGAAGCUGGAUGAGAACGGUUGGAAUAGAGAGGGUAACAUAUAUUCUUCCUCGAGAAUUCGAGCAUCGAUGAUGUAUGGUGAGAUCAUAGAUGAAAUACUCGAGAUUUCACUCGGACUGUCAACCAAUUCUCCGAAGCUCAUUAGGGACCUACGAAAACGAAACGAGAAUAUUCAGGAGCGGCUUCCACCAUGGCUUCGUCUUUCAAGCUCUACUCCAACCAACUCAUCUACAACUACCCAUUGGAUACAGACUGCACUUAAGUUCAAUUGUCUUCAGUGCUCAUUUAUUUUGGAACAAGUUUUCGUCAGAAAAGUCAAGGGUGACAAGCAGCCACUGCUUGACAUUUCGAGACAACUCUUGGCACUAACGGUGUCAAUGUGGACUUCCAAAGAUCGGUUUCUGACCUAUUAUUCUGACUAUGACUGGAUUAUCAUGUGUUACGGAAUUCCAUCAGCAGGCGUCAUAUGUGUUGAACUCAUCAAAGAGAUGGAAAAUCACGCAGCUAAGCCAGCAUACUACUUGCCCCGAUCAGAAGUAAUCCAAAACCUUAGUCUACUGGUCGGCUUCCUGGAUUGGGUAAGACCGACAGCCGCGAAUCAUGAAUUAUGUGGAAGAAUGCGUCAAAUUGUCAAGAGGACUUUGGAUAAGAUUCUUGAUCCCCCUAAGAGUACCAAUACUCCCAAAGCGUCCACUUCUACUACACUUCCGUUAUCAAAUCUUGAUUUCGAACCGAUGGUCAUGGACGACUUAGAUUGGCUGGAUACUAUUGAUUGGGCCAAAGGACCAUUUAUGGACUUGAGAAUGGAGGGAUAUAAUGAAUUCUCUUGA